ACCAUUCGCUUUGCUCCUCCCCUUCCGCCACACCCACGAAAACCCUACCCUCCGAAGGCUGCUUCCCUGGUCAUCGCAUCGCCGGGAGAGACGAUGUCCAGGCACCAGAAGGGCGGGGACAUCGAGGCGGGGACCUCCGGUGGCACUGCCAUGGCACCGCCGCCAGCGCCGGCCCAGGUGCUGUACCCCUGGAUGGCGGAGAGCCCCGAGCUGCGCUGGGCGCUCAUCCGGAAGAUCUACGUCAUCCUCUCCCUGCAGCUUCUGCUCACCGCCGUCGUCGCGGCCGUCGUCGUCAAGGUCUGGGCCAUCCCGCACUUCUUCGUCUCCUCCUACGCCGGCCUCGGGCUCUACAUCUCCAUCCUCAUCUUCCCCUUCAUCGUGCUGUGCCCGUUGUACUGCUACCGUCAGAAGCACCCAGUGAACCUGCUGCUGCUCGGCGUCUUCACAGUGGCCAUUAGCUUCGCUGUGGGCAUGACAUGUGCCUUCACUAGCGGCAAGGUCAUUUUGGAGGCUGCGAUUCUUACAAUGGUGGUUGUCUUGAGCCUGACUGCUUACACUUUCUGGGCUGUAAAGAAGGGCAAGGACUUCAGCUUCCUUGGUCCUUUCUUAUUUGCUUCUCUUGUGAUGUUGCUCGUCUUUGGUUUCAUUCAGAUCCUCUUCCCGCUGGGCAAGCUCUCUCACAUGAUCUACGGUGCGCUGGCGGCACUCAUCUUCAGUGGCUACAUUGUCUAUGACACGGGCAACAUCAUCAAGCGUUACACCUAUGACGAGUAUGUCUGGGCCGCCGUCUCGCUCUACCUUGACAUUAUCAAUCUGUUCCUCGCCCUGCUGACCCUGUUCAGAGCGGGUGACAGCUAAAGCGCAUCGCCCUGCCCCCUGUUCACAAGACCUCAACUUGAAGCAUUGUAUAGGCUGGUCUUGCUUGCACGGUGAAAAUGUUGCGUAGUAGUUUGUUAGUUGAGUUGAUCCCUAGCUAAGAGAGGAAACAUAAGAAAACUGCUGUGUGUGGGUUCUAUGGAUGGUGCAUGUGAUGUUGACAUGGAUGGUGUACUGCUGCGUUUAUGCAUGAUAUCAUUUCUAACUAGUAGUACUCUAUAACGGUUUCCGAUAUAUUAUAUCA